AUGAUUUCCCCUUAUAUCGAGCCAAACGUGCUGGGCUUGGUGAAACUGACAGCAGUACUUCUCCCGAUUUAUCUGCUGGGCCACGCCGUUUACAAUUUAUUUUUCCACCCGCUGCGUCGGUUCCCUGGACCUCGUCUGCAGCACAUUUCCUACCACGCCUACGCCUAUAGGCUUUCCCGUGGAACGCUCGCCCACGACGUUGCAGAAUGGCAUAGGCAGUAUGGCCCCAUGGUGCGCAUUUCGCCGGACCAGAUCUCGUUCAUUGAGCCAGAUGCCUGGAAGGACAUUUGCGGCCACCGCACUGGCUCCAAAGCAAACGUCGAUGAGAUGCCCAAAUGGGACGGUUUCUACACGGUCAACGGUCGCCCGCGCACCAUCAUCAACGAGACCAAGGAGAACCACUCCAUCCUCCGACGCAGUCUGGCCUACGGGUUCAGCGACCGCUCUAUGCGCCUGCAGGAGCCCAUGAUCGGCAGCUACGUCGACCUGCUGAUCCGCCGCCUCAAGGAGCGCUGUCAUUCGGAGCCGGCUUCGGACCGGCCCUGUGGCCUCACCACUCGUCAGGACAUCAAAACCUGGUACAAUUGGACCACUUUUGACGUGAUUGGCGAUCUGGCGUUCGGGGAGCCCUUUGACUGCCUCGAAAAGGCCGAGUACCACCCCUGGGUUGACACCAUGAACAAAACCACCAAGAGUUUUGGUCUCUUCAUGGCGCUCAAGCUCGUCGGCUUCCACUGGCUCGUGACCGCCAUUCUCAAAUACGGACUCUCCAAGAAUCGUGAGGAUCACAUGAAGAGGACCACGGCCAAGAUUGAACGCCGCGCCUCGCUGACGGUAGAGCGCCCCGACCUGAUCGAGGGUCUGCUUCAGCUCAAAGGUCUGGGGACGGAGCAGCUUCGGCUCAGCGCCAGCACGCUGAUCAUUGCCGGUUCUGAAACCACGGCGACUCUGCUUUCUGGAGUCACGUACCUGUUGCUGAAGAACCCUGAGAAGCUGGCCAGGCUCAACGAGGAGGUGCGAUCCGCGUUCAACGACGACAAGGAGAUCACGCUGAUGUCGGUCGCGAACCUGCCGUAUAUGCUGGCCUGCCUGGAUGAGGCUGCGAGGCUCUACCCGCCCGUUGCCGGCGGCAUUCCGCGUGUGGUGCCUGCUGGGGGUGCAACCAUUGCUGGCACCUAUGUUCCUGAGAAAACUGUCGUCAGCGUGUGGCAGCUGGCUGCAUACCAAAACGAACAAAACUUCCACGACCCUUUCAGCUUCAAACCCGAACGAUUCCUUGAGCGGGACAGCAAGGCCAACACACGCGACAGGUUUGAAGUUCUGCAGCCCUUUUCGGUCGGGCCCAGGAAUUGCAUUGGUCGAAACCUUGCCUACGCCGAAAUGCGCCUUAUCUUGGCCAAGAUCUUGUUCAACUUUGACAUAGAGCUCGUGGACAAGGAAAAGGACUGGCUCGACCACAGGAGUUACGUCCUUUGGGACAAGCCUGCCUUGGACAUUUACUUGACACCGGUUAGGCCGUAG